GAUACCUAUGAUGCCACGUAUGCUUAAACGUCACGGUAAAUAAUGGGUAUGCAUUGCAGAGGUAAUUAAAAAUAAAUAUAUCUUGUGGGCCAAACAAUGUGAAAGGAAAGUCUCAACUUACACGAAGAAAUCUUGAGCUUGAAAAUGAAUAAAUUUAAUUUUAUAAGAAAUAAUACUCAUUCUGCUGAAGAAGAUAUUCCUUAUUUAAUCGAUAAGCCAAAAGAGAUUUUUAAAGUAGAAUAAAAAGUCGAAGAACAAGUAAUUGUUAGCUUAAGUAUAUUUAAAUAGCUGAUUUAAAAUUAAUUUCGUAUCAAAUUACCAACCCCACUAGUCUCACCAUCUUGAAUGAAGUCAUAGUUUGCAUCAUGGAUGAGGAAAAAAUUGAUCCCAUUGUCAUUUUAAUGCAAGGUUUGUAGUCACGACUCCAUUGGUGGUGAUGGUUUCAGGUGGCACAGUGUGUGAGGCGUCUAGGUAGCUCACUAAAUCAUAUCCAUCUAGCAAGACAUGAGCUUGGCUAUUCCACAUUAGAUAGUUGUUUCUCGUAAACUCCAUGAUAUUCAUCAUGUUCACGUUGAGAAGAGAAGACAACUCAGAGACAAUGGUGUGUGUGGAGGAGAUUUACAUGGCCAUAAUGGGGGACGAAGAAAAAUAUGAAGAUUGAGAAGAUAAAAGUGGGUGGCGGUCACAGAAUUUUUUUUUUUAGGUCUUUAAGAUUACAACUCUGAUACUAAUACUAGGCAAUGAUGUAUAUCCCAUAAUAUGAAGAGAUGUACAUUAUAUACAGAGAUUAUAGUAGGGUUUAAGACUAUUGAUAAUUAGAACUUGAUCUUUAAUCAAUGUACGUAUCCUUAUAAAACUAAGUUGACCCACAAAAAAAGGCAACGAAGCAAGUGGAGUGGCAACGCGAAACAUGAGCCAUCUAAAAAUAACAUGUGGUUACUCAAUGUGAGUAGAUUUUUGCUUGUUUUUAUAUGGGAUCAUAAAUUACAAUAUACGACACCACAAUGAAGAUGUUUCAAAAAAACAAAAUGAUGUACCUCGUCGUGUUUGCUUUUCUUUUCAAUGGUUGCACUGCCAACAAAGUGGUAGGUUCUUUGAUUCAAAAAUCUUGCAAAGAAGCUUCAAAGUCUCCAGGUGCAUACAGAAAUCCACAUUUCGAAAAAGUUUGCAUUGCAUCUCUCAAAGAGAAUCCGAAGAGCCAAAAAGCAAAAAAUCUCGGUGAUUUGACCAUGGUUGGAACUAUUAACGCCAUGUCAAACUUAACGAACGUGGAAAGAAUGGUGGAGAAGAUUAUAAAAGAGAGAAAAUAUAAGAAUAGUCUUACUAAGAAGUUGUUGGAAGAAUGCCUUAAGCUUUACUCCAAUAGCUUUAAAUCGCUAAAUUUAGGUUUGAACUACGUCAAAAUGCGGAAUUUCGAUAAUGCUGCAGAUAAUUUUUUGGAUGCAGUGGAGGGACCGGCAUUUUGCGGAUUAAAAUUUAACGGCGACAAUCAACAGAUAUCUCCUGUGAAAGAAGAAAAUAUUUUUCUCAUGACAAUGUUCCAAAUUCCUGUGACGUUUGCUAUGAAGGCCUCAUACGCCCACAGAAACAAAUAAAACCAAAAAUGAAGAAAUAAACUAGUGGAGUCUCUCGUUAGAAAUAAAUUAGGUUUAUGAAGAUGCUUAGCCAGACUAGCGUCCAAUUAAAUAUAGUUAGUUCUCUUUAAUAAGUUUUUUUGUGUUAAUUUUUUUUGUUUGGAUCAUGUAGUCAAAUGGUAUGUAUUUACGAGUUAUAAGGAAAUUAUUCAUAUCGGAACAUAUUAUGAGACCGAUGACGAACUACAAACAAAUGAAAGAUAAUUCAAUUGUCAAUGUAUGAACAAAUGGUAUUCGAUUUCGUACAUUGUUAUGAAAAUGGUUUAGUCACUCGAAUGUUAUAUAACUAUUUUAAUAUCCUGAUUUAUAUGAUUUAGAUACAAAAUUAGGAUAUUAAAAUAGUUAUAUAACACUCGAGUGACUAAACAAUUUUCAUAAAAAUCAUAAACCAUAUAUCCUGAUUUUUGUUUUUGUUUUAUAUGAACAAAGACAAAAUUACUUUAAUAUUCUGAUUUAUAUCCUGGACUAACUAAAAACGUGGCAGCAAUAUUAACUAUUUGAAAACAAAAUUUCAACGUGGCUGCCAUGUUUUUAGUUAGUUCUGAAAACCAGGUCAGCCUCAUCUUUAGUUAGUUCUCAUAAUAAUUUUGUUUGUGUGUUAUUUUUUGUUUUGUUUGGAUCAUGUAGUCAAAUGAUAUUUAUUAUUUACGAGUUAUAUUAGUCUGGUUAUUGUUUUAUUAAUUAUGUUUUGGUUAUACAGCUCUAUAUAAAUCUAAUUUAUGUAUAUUGUGCAAUUUAAAAUGAAACUAACUUUUAUGAGUUUCAUAUGCAUGUUGACUUUUCAAGUAAUGAUUUUUAAACACUAAAAUGCCUUUAAAUCAUUCAACUCAGAAAACCUUUAGAAUGCUGAUUUUUAAUAGUAGUGUAUACUUUUGGGCGUUGCAUUAUGAAAAACCCAAUAUGUAGAAUAUGAGCUUGUAUUUUGGCCCCAGAGAAUCCGAGGCACUUCGAUUGAAUCCGGUCGACUUCGGUUUAAUAUUCCCGUUUUUUACAAAAAGAAAAAACGAGAAAAGUAAACACGAAUAGUUUAGUCUUGUGGAAAAUCAAAGAACUGUCAAGGAAGACCACCACAAAGUCUCCUGUUGAUCUUCCAUUUUUAUUAAACGAAGUUUCUUUGCCUAUCCUUGUAAGGAAUCAUUCUCCAUAAAAGCUCAUAUUUUUUCAUAAGGUUGAGCCAGUCGUCUCGUUUCUAUAAUCGGCGGUGGUGAAAGUGAUGUCUCCUAACGAUUCAAAAAACAGCGGUGGUUUUUUUAACUCUCUUGCUUCUUCCAUCACCAACUUCGGGUCGGUCAUGACUAAAUCAGUCAACGGUUUGAUAGGCUAUGAAGGGAUAGAAGUCAUCAAUCCAGAUGGAAGUACAGAAGAUGCAGAGGAGGAAGCAGGAAGAGGAAGAUGGAAGCAAGAGGAACGUGAUGGAUACUGGAAGAUGAUGCAAAAAUACAUAGGAUCUGAUAUUACAUCUAUGGUGACUCUUCCUGUGAUCAUUUUUGAACCGAUGACGACGCUACAAAAAAUGGCAGAGUUAAUGGAAUACUCGCAUCUGCUGGAUAUGGCUGACAAAACCCAAGACCCUUGCAUGCGCAUGGUAUAUGCAUCAACAUGGGCUAUAUCUGUGUAUUAUGCCUACCAACGUACAUGGAAGCCGUUCAAUCCAAUCCUCGGUGAAACUUACGAGAUGACUAAUCAUAAUGGUAUUAAUUUUAUAGCUGAUCAGGUCAGCCAUCACCCACCAAUGAGUGCUGCUCACGCAGAGAACGAGCAUUUCGCUUACGACUGCACUUCAAAGCUGAAAUCGAAAUUACUAGGCAAUUCAAUCGACUUCUACCCCGUAGGAAGGACAAGAGUGACACUUAAAAGAGAUGGUGUGGUUCUUGAUCUUGUACCUCCUCCGACCAAGGCUCAUAACCUUAUAUUCGGACGAACAUGGGUCGAUUCUUCAGGAGAGAUGAUCAUGACCAACCUCACCACUGGCGACAAAGCGGUGCUCUACUUUCAACCAUGUGGCUGGUUUGGAUCUGGCCGUUAUGAGGUGGAUGGAUACGUUUAUAAUUCAGCUGAAGAGCCCAAGAUACUAGUGACCGGUAAAUGGAACGAGUCCUUGAGUUAUCAGGCUUGUGACACUGAAGGCGAACCUCUUACAUGCACCGAACUAAAAAAGGUAUGGAAGGUCGCUGAAGCUCCAAAGAAGGAUAAAUACCAAUACACACACUUUGCUCACAAGAUCAAUAGCUUUGACACUGCCCCUAGUAAGCUAUUGUCAUCUGAUUCACGUCUACGCCCCGACACUGGCGAUAUGACCAAAGCUGGUUAUGAAAAGAGCAUCCUAGAAGAGAGACAAAGAGCUGAGAAGAGAACCCGAGAAGAGAAAGGUCAACCAUUGUUUCCGAAAUGGUUUGAUGAAACAGAGGAAGUUACUCCCACACCAUUGGGGGACCUCGAAGUGUACCAAUUCAAUGGUAAGUACUUGGUCCACCGCGCUGCAGCGGAUAACUCCGAGAUUAACACCGAUAUGGAGUCGACCCAAUUUAACCCUUGGCAGUUCCAAGAUACCUCUCCUUAAGCUUGUAACAACAACAACAAAAAAGACUACAAUCAUAUUCGAUAUCUCUUGUUACAGUAUUAGCCAGUCACCAUUCCCAUUGUAUAUUUAUAUAUAUAUAUAUAGUUGUACUCCAUUACUGUUUUCUAAGAUUUAAAGGUUUCUACAAAAGACAA